AUGAGUAAAGUCACCUGGCUUGACAAGCUCCAGCAGCAAGUCAAGAUUGACAUCGACUGUAUGGAUCCAGAAGAGGCGAAGAGAUUUCUGCCUUUCAAGCCAUAUGAUCAAACGAGCAAUCAGCGCUUGGUCUAUGAGCAAAUAAUCUCUCCCGAGAACCGCGAAUUAUUCUUGAAAACUGUUGAAGAAGGCAAAGACGAAGGAUGGGAGGUAAUUCUUGAUCGCAUGAGUGCCCUGCUGUGCGCCAAAAACAUGGAGAACAUCCAGGGGCGGGUGUUGCUUCAGACUUCAGCUUUCUACGCAUACGACACUGAAAAGGUUAUAUCCCAGGCCCGAUCAUAUGCACGCGAGUUUGAGAAGCUCGGUAUCUCGAAGGAUCGAAUUUGUAUCAAGAUUCCGUGCACAGGUCCUGCUCUCAACGCCAGCCCGGUUCUACUCAGAGAAGGGAUCCGCACGCUGGGAACUUCUCUAUUUUCUGUUACUCAAGCCAUUGCUGCCAGCCAGGCAGAGACGUUGUCUAUUAGCCCCUACUACAACUUUCCUUGGUAUCAUACCGACCGAGAGCAGUGGCCCAAUACUAAAGACCCGGCUCUCGAUCAUCCUAUGUCACCCAGGAUCGUACAAAUCCAGCAGAUCUACAAGCGCCUUCGAGAAGAGACUGGUAAGACGCAACCACUACUCAAACCAGCAAGCUUCAUAUCCGCUCGUGAGGCAAUGGCCAUGGCCGAGCUCGGCUGUGAUCAUGCCACUAUUCCCGAGGAUAUACUCCUCCAACUCUCGCUACUGGAUGCUGAAGCAAACGCGCCACCUGGUGGUGAUUCUUACAUGAAGAACGGUACUCCCUCGCAACGAAUUGCCCAUCUGGCACAGGUUGAUCCCCUUAUCGGACCCGACUGGCCUGGACUUCCAGCACUUGAUAUCAAUUAUCUGGCAGACAAUGGGGCCGCAUUGACCCAAGCCAUCGUUGCUGACCCUGUCACCCAGAGAGGGCUUGACGAAGCUAUUGAGGCAUUCAAGGCAAACGAGCUGCAGAUUCGAGAUGCGAUCGAAGAAGCUUUAAAGCAGUUCUGA